UUGUGUCAUUUGGCCUCAAACUCCAGAAAAGUCCCUCGAAACCCCGCUAGAAUCAGCACCGGCUCAUUUCCUUCGCUCCACCGCUAUACCUUUGAGGGCUUUGACAUGGUGGAUUACGCACAUUUAGACUUUAACGGAGAACUGCAUUUUCCCGGACCUUUUUAACGCAUCUGUUUCUAUUGCCAAGCCUUGAAUUUAUCUAAUUACUCUUCAAAUUCAAGGCCUUGCUCUGGGAUCGGGUCGUCUUGAUUUUUGCUAGGGUUUAGGUUUCAGGGUGGAAACGUUCUACUUAGUAAACCCUCCGUUUCCUGACUGAAUUCUGGAUUUUUUCUAACUUGGGUCCUUGGCUGCCAUGGCUAGCAACUCUCAGUUCACUGGCAUGCAGCCACCUCGACCUCCUCUAGCUGGUCCUCCUCAAAGUGCUCUUCCACCUAUGUCGAUGCAACAGCAAUUCCGACCACCCAUGGCUCCAUCACAGCCACCACAACCAUUUAUUCCUGGGCCUUCACAACAAUUUCAGCCUCUUGGACAUACAAACGUUAUGUUGCCUCCUCCUCCCCCUUCACAAGUUCAGUUUCCUCAACCCAUGCCGCAGAUGCAUGGUAGACCUGUUGCAGGAGUGCACAAUCUGCCUUCAGGGCAGGUAAUUCCACCACCUGAUUUUGCAAACAGGCCUGUCACACCUGUUGCAGCACCGCCUCAACAGAACUUUCAAAUUUCAAAUAACUAUAUGCCUUGUCCUAGCGGCCCAAGUUUGCCUCUUUCUUCUUCCUACACGAUGGAUUCAGAUUCUUCUGGAACACAAUAUCCGACACAAGCAAGUGAUCCUGGUUUUCCCGUUGGGGGACAACCAUGGUUGCUAACUGGGAACCCUAACAUAAAACCUGUAAACACACCUGUGCAGUCGACCAGUGAACUUGUGCCAAAAAUAGAAGAAAGUAAUGCUGCUAUUCCGGAAGCAAAUCCUCAACCUGGCUCUGUAGAUAAGAUGCCAUCAGAUUGGACAGAGCAUACUACCCGUAAUGGCAAGAAAUAUUACUACAACAGAAGGACAAAGAUCUCUAGCUGGGAGAAACCUCUGGAUUUGAUGACUGCAAUUGAGAGGGCUGAUGCAACCACUGACUGGAGAGAAUGUACUAGUCCUAUUGGCAAAAAGUACUACUACAACAAGGUUACCAAGGUGUCGAAAUGGGCAAUGCCUGAUGAGUUAAAGUUGGCUCGUGAGCAGGUCAAGGUGGAGCCAAUCAAGGCAUUAGAACAUGAAAAGACUGGUCUCGCUCAUGCUCCGGAUACAAUAUCUUUUUCUAGUGCCAAAGCAUAUUCUCCAAAAACAGAGGGUUCAUCAGUCUUACCUCAAGUAGCAGGGGCAAGCCCAAUACCAGUGGCACCAGUAGUCACUUCAGAAUUGUCAAGCCUACCAGAUAAUGCAUCUAGCACACCAAGUGACUCGGUUGCUGUGCAGACUCCUACCAAAGCUGCCUCACCAGUUGUUGCCAAGUCAGAUGGACAUGGAGUGUCAGUAACACCAGCUGCUGAUUCAGUCACACCACAGAUGACUACUACUGAGAUUUCAUCAGCUCUUGAUGCUGCAACUAAUACAGAUGGAGGUUCUCCAGGAAAGACGCAGGAAGUUGAAAAAAGUGCUGGAAUUUCUGAAAAGGGAAGUGCUACUUCAUCAGACGAGAAAAUGGCUGAGGCAUCACCCUUAGUUUAUGAGAGCAAACUGGAAGCAAAGAAUGCAUUUAAAGCUCUUCUAGAUUCUGCGGGUGUUGGGACUGACUGGAACUGGGAUCAGGCCAUGAGAGCAAUAAUUACUGAUAGAAGAUAUGGUGCUCUAAAAUCGCUUUCUGAGCGGAAGCAGGCUUUUAAUGAGUAUGUGGGACAAAAGAAAAAACUUGAAGCAGAGGAGAGGCGUGCCAGACAGAAAAAAGCACGAGAAGAUUUCAAAAAGAUGUUAGAAGAAUCCAAAGAGCUAACAUCUUCCAUGAGAUGGAGUAAAGCAAUAUCUAUCUUUGAAAAUGAUGAACGUUAUAAAGCUGUUGAACGAGCAAAGGACCGUGAGGAUCUUUAUCAAGAUUACAUAGAAGAACUUGAUAAAAAGGAAAGAGCAAAGGCAUUGGAGGAGAACAAGCGAAAUAGAAUAGAAUACUUGGAAUUUUUGAAAUCCUGUGACUUCAUUAAGGCAAGCAGUCAAUGGCGGAGGGUCCAAGACCGCUUAGAGGCUGAUGAAAGGUCCUCACGCCUUGAGAAAUUUGAGCGCUUGGAAAUAUUUCAGGAGUAUAUACGUGAUUUAGAGAGGGAUGAAGAUGAGCAGAGGAAGUUGCGAAUGGAGGAGUUGAGGAAAACAGAACGUAAAAACCGUGAUGAGUUCCGCAAACUAAUGGAAGAGCAUGUUGCUGAAGGUUCUCUUACAGUCAGAACUCACUGGCGUGACUAUAGCACGAAGGUUAAAGAUUCACCUGCGUACAUUGCUGUGUCAUCCAACACCACAGGGUCGACAGCAAAAGAUUUGUUUGAAGAUGUUGCCGAGGAGCUGGAGAAGCAGUAUCUCGAUGACAAGGCCCGUAUAAGAGAUGCAGUUAAAAUGCGUGAGAUUUCUCUGACAUCAAGCUGGACCUUUGAAGACUUGAAGGCUGCAAUUUCAGUAGAUAUUAGCUCGCCACCUAUAUCAGAUACUAACUUAAAGCUUGUUUUUGAAGAGUUGAUGGAAAGGGCCAAGGAAAAAGAAGAGAAAGAAGUUAAAAGACGUAAACGCCUUGCAGAUGACUUCUAUGAACUUUUAUGUGAUUCUAAGGAAAUCACUGCAUCGUCAAGAUGGGAGGACUGUAAACCAUUACUCGAGGACAGGAAGAUGAAUGAAGAGGGCUUUUUGCAGGAGGUUUUUGAUAAAUUUGUUUCAGAACUAAAAGAAAAGGCAAAAGAGAAAGAACGAAAACGUCGGGAUGAGAAGGCCAGGAAGGAGAAAGACCGAAAAGACGGGGACAAGAAAGAAAAACAUGGAAGGGAAAAAGAUAGAGGAGAUGAAAGCAGCAGGGGAGGCAAAGAUAGGGGUAGAAAAGAAAGUACAGACAGCGAUAAGACAGAAUCAUACAGUAUUGAAGACUCGAGAAGAACAGGAAGUGACAGAGACAAGAAACACCGAAAGCGGCAUUCCAGUUCCAUGGACGAUGCAAGUGUAGACGAAGGCGAAAAGGAUCGGUCAAGGAGCUCUCACCGACACAGUAGCGACCACAAGAAGUUGAAACAGGGAGAGUGGGAAACAAAACCCGAGGGGCAGCACAAGAAACACAAGAGAGAUCACAGGAGCAGUUCUCAUAGAAGCGGCGAAUAUGAGGAUUACAAGGAUGGCGAGGACGGGGAAGUGCGGUAGGUAGCUCAAUCUGGCUAUGGUUUCUUCUCCGGCCGGCUUUGUAUAUACAGUCAGGCAAUGUUGGCUAGAUCUGUUGUCUUACUCAAUUCAUACAACUAGCUGUAUAAGUAAAACCCCCCAAACUGUAGAGUCAGAGUCACCUUGUUGCAAGUAGUGAAACAAACUGUUGUCAAGAGUAGAAUUCUCCAUUAAUUUGUUUGCUUCAAAUAUUUCUGCAUUUGCCAUUGUAAACCUGGAUAAGUAUUGAAUGAAAGGGAUAAGGUUUUGAACUUCA